CGCCGAGUCCCAACCGUUUGGAGUCCUCGGUCGGAGACCCAUUCGGAGGGGACGAGGAGACUGCGUUAGAGUUCCCUGGGAGUUCUGGGCGCACAGGGCGAGGGAGAGGACCGGGGGUAAGCGUGCCGUUGUGGCCCUCCCCAUCUGGCCUCUUAGUCCAGUCCUAAGAUGGCGGCCACCAUGAAGAAGGCGGCUGCAGAAGAUGUCAAUGUUACUUUUGAAGAUCAACAAAAGAUAAAUAAAUUUGCACGGAAUACGAGUAGAAUCACAGAGCUAAAAGAAGAAAUAGAAGUAAAAAAGAAACAACUCCAGAAUUUAGAGGAUGCUUGUGAUGAUAUCAUGCUUGCAGAUGACGACUGCUUGAUGAUUCCUUAUCAAAUUGGUGAUGUUUUCAUUAGCCACUCACAAGAAGAAACACAGGCAAUGUUAGAAGAGGCAAAGAAAAAUUUGCAAGAAGAAAUUGACGCCUUAGAAUCCAGAGUGGAAUCAAUUCAACGGGUGUUAGCAGAUUUGAAAGUUCAAUUAUAUGCAAAAUUUGGGAGCAACAUAAACCUUGAAGCUGACGAAAGUUAAACAUUUUAUAAAACCUUUUUUAAUUUGUUUAAUAAACUUGAAUAUUGUUUUAAAAUAAUAAUUUCCCUUCUUCAAAUGACAUGGAAAAGAAAAUUUGUUUUUAAAAAUUUUUCAUUUAUUUAAUGGAAACCUGCCUAUUUUCACAUGUCUUGCUUAUUUAUUUUAUAUUUUUAAAAGAAGACAGUAUUCAUCUAUGUAUUUUACAUAACAGUUAUAUAAAGUCUAGGGGCUUUAUGUUAUUAAAAUCAGUUAAGCAAC